UUUUUUUUUUGGAGGUAGAAGAAAAGUGUGUUUAGAUACUGCGCGCUGGGAAUCCGAGAAGUUUGCUUUUUCUUAAACAGGUUCGCCGUUUGCUUUGAUUGCAACAGUGUUGAGUUCCCCAGACGUUAGUGUGAUCUGAACUCAAGGCAAAGGCGGGAUAGCAUGGCAUCUCUCUGGGUGGGACCCCGCGGGACGGUGCGUGACUAUCCAGGCUUCAGCCCAUCAGCGGAUGCGGAAGCGAUUCAGAAGGCCAUCCGAGGGCUUGGAACUGACGAGAAAACACUCAUCAGCAUCCUGACCGAGAGAUCGAGUGCGCAGCGGCAGCGGAUUGCGAAGGAUUAUGAAGCGGCCUCCGGAAAGAAACUGAAAGAUGACCUGAAGGGCGAUCUCUCUGGCCACUUUGAGCAUCUCAUGGUAGCCCUCGUGACACCUCCGGCAGUGUUUGAUGCAAAGCAGCUGAAGAAAUCCAUGAAGGGCACUGGAACAGAUGAAGAUGCAUUGAUUGAAAUCUUAACCACCAGGACGAGCAGGCAGAUGAAGGAGGUCUCUCAAGCCUACUACACAGCGUAUAAGAAGAGUCUUGGAGAUGACAUUAGCUCUGAAACAUCGGGUGACUUCCGGAAAGCUCUGUUGACUUUGGCCGACGGCAGAAGAGAUGAAAGUCUAAAAGUGGAUGAGCAGCUGGCCAAAAAGGAUGCCCAGAUUCUCUAUAACGCGGGUGAGAACCGAUGGGGCACAGACGAAGAUAAAUUCACCGAGAUCCUGUGUCUAAGGAGCUUUCCCCAACUAAAACGAACAUUUGAUGAAUACAGAAACUUUAGCCAGAAGGACAUUGAGGAGAGCAUAAAAGGAGAACUCUCUGGGCAUUUUGAGGACCUACUGCUGGCCAUAGUUCAUUGUGCAAGGAACAUGCCUGCCUUCUUAGCUGAGAGACUGCAUCAAGCUCUAAAGGGCGCUGGAACUGAUGAGUUUACUCUGAACCGAAUAAUGGUUUCCAGGUCAGAAAUUGACCUUUUGGACAUUCGAGCAGAGUUUAAGAAGCGCUGUGGCUACUCCCUGCAUUCAGCAAUUAAAUCAGAUACUUCUGGAGACUACGAAGCCGCCCUGUUAAAGCUCUGCGGGGGAGAUGACUGAGCCGAGAACAUCACCUGCAAAGGUGGCCUGCUCCCAUGAUGGGCUUUUCCAACAGCCCUGCUUCCUUCUUUCUCACGCUAUUUAAAAGCACAAGCAAGUACAAACAGCAACCUGUCUUCCUAACAAAGUUUCACUGUUCCCUAACAACAACAACACGAUUAUGCUAGAGCAUCUCAUCAUAAUGCAGUAGUUUAUAAUGAAAAUUUAAAAUGAUGUGAUGAAUCUCCUAAUACUAUCUAAAUUAUAUUUCUGUUUAGGAAGUGAGAAUCUUUGUAGAGUUCCAAAACAUGAAAUGCAAAGCAGGGUAAUAAAAGUUGUUGCUCUUCUUAAA